CUAUGGCACUCGGGCCCGAUAUCAGGGUUUCGACGCUGCAUUCUCCGCCGAUUCUUCGCCGCGCCGUGGCCCCGUGUACCUUGCGGAGAGGGUACGCAGGGAAUCUGCUACGGCGGGGAGGAUUUGUCGGAUUGACGCGGCAUUGGCGAGGAAAUGCCGUGAGGGAUGAGAAUGCGAUUGCAGGGAAGGGGGAGAAAUCAAUGCUGGGUGCGUUUAGCGAAGAGGAUGAGGAUUGCAGCGAUGGGAGUGAAGAGGAAUCCUCCGGGGAAGAGGAGGAUUUUGGUUUCGGAGAAUUUCGGUUCGCUUCGGACGAUGGCGCAGAGGAGGGCGCUGAUGAUGCUAGCGAGGAGCUGGAUUCUUUUGCCGAAAGGGCCAGGAGAAUCGACGAUCUCUGCGCCAAGGUAGCACAGGGAAAACAAAUAUCUUCUGCCGAUCUCAUCGGGCUGUAUAGCUUCCGGCUCGAUAAGUUUCAGCGUUUGGCUAUAGAAGGAUUUCUUAAAGGAUCAUCAGUGGUGGUCAGUGCACCAACAAGCAGUGGAAAGACUUUGAUCGCCGAAGCUGCCGCAGCUGCAACGCUGGCUAAAUGCAAGAGGUUGUUCUACACGACACCUUUGAAGGCACUCUCAAACCAGAAAUUCAGAGACUUCAGGAAAAUUUUCGGUGAUUCGAGCGUUGGACUUCUCACUGGUGAUGUUUCUAUCAAUCGAGAUGCUCCAAUUGUGAUCAUGACCACCGAGAUUAUGCGUAACAAGUUUUAUUUGAGUGCUGGCAAUGAGGAUGUGCUUCAAGACCUCGAUGUUGUCGUGCUCGAUGAAAUCCAUUAUAUCAGUGAUCUCACACGAGGCACGGUGUGGGAGGAAACGGUGAUUUACUGUCCAAAGAGGAUUAAACUUGUCUGCUUAUCAGCGACUAUUGCAAAUCCUGACGAGUUAGCAGGAUGGAUAGCAAAGGUUCAUGGACCAACGGAGCUCAUCACGUCGUAUAGAAGGCCCGUCCCUUUGACUUGGCAUAUCUCGAGGCGUUCUCAAAUGUUACCCCUUCUGAACGAGAAAGGCACAGCUAUCAACAGGAAGCUUCUCAUUGAUAAGAAACAGUUGGAAGAAGUUAACUCGAGAAAGAUCAGGGGAAGGAUCAGCACGCUGGAGAAAAUGACUGAAGAGCAGCUGCAAGUUCUUCUUCGUGUUCAGGUUUUUCUGACGAUACUCUUUGGACAAUUAUCUAACUCGUGCAUUUCAUGCCAGGUUCCUCGUAUCUCUGACACUCUGAAACAAAUGGUAGAGCGAACUAUGCUACCAGCCAUUUGGUUUAUUUUGAGUAGAAGGCGCUGUGACGAAGCCGUGCAGUAUUUGCAACACGCGAAUUUGCUAGCCGAGGACGAGUUUCAGCAGAUUGAUCUAGCACUUAAAUCUUUUCGAGAGCAAUAUCCAGAUGCCAUCAGAGAAGCAGCUGUUCGGCCUCUUUACCAAGGUGUUGCUGCACAUCACGCAGGUUGCCUACCUCUGUGGAAGAGUUUUAUUGAAGAGCUUUUUCAAAAGGGAUUGGUGAAAGUGGUGUUUGCAACCGAAACAUUGGCAGCCGGGAUCAACAUGCCAGCCAGAACUACGGUUUUAUCAUCGUUUUCCGGAAAGUAUCAACGACGAAUUAGUGCCAAUGUCGUACUUCAGAUGGCUGGAAGAGCAGGUAGAAGAGGAAUCGACAAAGAAGGUCACGUAGUUGUUGUCCAAACACCAUUUAGAGGGCCCGAAGAAUGCUACAAAAUGCUACGAACAGGGUUGGAACCGCUUGUUUCGCAAUUCACAGCUACAUAUGGGAUGGCUCUGAAUUUACUAGAGGACUCGGCCGUCGAAAGUGAAACUCUGUCCAGUGAACAACGCCAAAGCUUUGGAGAAGCACGAAGCUUGAUUGAACAGAGUUUUGGAAACUAUAUUGGAAGUGAGAUUCUAACGGGUGCGAGAGCUAAGAUGGUUCAAAUAAGUUCCGAAAUCGAGACACUAGAAAGUGGACAGUCUACAGAUUCUCUUAGUAAACUGUACGAGGAGAAAAUUAACGAGUUCAACAAAAUGCGUGAGAAAGUUGAGACACAAGAACGCAAAGAGCGAAGCCUUCGUUUUAAAUUUGAGAGGCAUAGGCUAUCCUUUUUGCAGAGUCAGCUUAAACAACUUUCACUGGAGCAAGUUCCAUAUGUUUUACUGACGUACGAAGAUAUCAACACUGGCGAAGGUCAUACGCUUUCUGUGGCUGUUUUCCACAUGACAGAAAACAAUCCAUUUAUCCUGGGAGUAAACGAGAAUCACGAACCCAAGGUGGAAGACAUGGAUGCUUCCUUUAUUGGAGUUGGCUGUGACAGUUUUUUAUAUCGUUUCCCCUUGAAAGUGGUGAGGAAAGUUUACAGGAGCACGAUAGGAGCUGAGGAACGCACAGCUCUGAAAAGCAAUCUCGCCGAUGUUCAGUGGGAAAUCGUUGGAAACGAUAAUGUUUCCCGCUGUCAAUCAUCAUUUCCUCCACAUGGUUAUGAAGUGCCUGUUCCCAACACUCUUACAAGUGAAUGUGCGAUGCCGGAGGAGCUUGUUACUGCCGAGAAAUUGCUGCUGAUGCAGCAAAGAAGCCUUGGAAAAUGGUCAAGGAGGCUCGCGGAGAUUGACGAAGUUGAAAUUGACAAUCUUGUUGCGAAAGUGAAACAAAUGCGGGAGGAGAAAGUAGCUCGAUUAAAAGCGAAACUGGAACGGAUAGGGAAGCGUAUAAAAGGCAUGCAGCCUUCAGGAUGGAAAGAAUUCUUACAGGUAGUGAAAAUCUUGAAAGAUGCUGGAGCAAUGGACCGAAACACCCACAAGCUUUUACCACUUGGUGAAAUCGCUCGAGCUAUACGUGGAUCGAACGAGCUUUGGCUGGCUAUAGCUCUUCGAGAUGAAGCUCUGUUGUCGUUAAAGCCAUCAGAGCUAGCCGCAGUUGCCGCCGCACUGGUCACUGAAAGUCCGAAGUCAAUUCCAGAUAAUGAAUACAGGACGAUAUACGAGCCCUCCGCUGUGGUGAAAGAAUGGGUGGAGAAGAUGCAAUCUGAACGACUCUGGCUAUAUGGCUUGCAAGAGAAUCACAAUGUCGAGUUUGCAUGCGAUCUGGAUCCACAGCUUGCGGGCUUCGUUGAAGCUUGGGCUGCAGGAGUGAACUGGAAAGAGCUAGAGAUCGAAGACAUUAUGGAUGAAGGCGAUUUUGCUAGACUUCUACGCCGAACCAUUGACCUUUUAUCUCAGAUUCCUCAUUUGCCUCACAUCGACAGCGAGCUGUCUAAGAUCGCCAAAGAAGCUGCCAGAAAUAUGGAUAGACCUCCCAUCAGCGAACCCGUGGGAGAAUAGUUCAAACUUAUGAUACAUUACACACACCAUUCAACGCUUUUUAGUACACGUUUGGUAGCGGCUGUGCGAUUGUCAAGAGAGCAGAGUGCAGCGAUUCUCGGGCGAAAUGAUUGAUAUCCUUGGCCUGUGGUAUUUGAUAGAGUUAAUUGCAUUGCUCAGUGACGGACCAUCUUACGUA